CCGCCGCUGCCGCGCUCCUGCGCCCUCCCGGCAGGUUCAGCUGCCCAGGACUUUCCCUAGUACCUGGGCGGGGUGAGAAGGGGCCUCGGAGCAUCGGUCCGGGCUGCCCCGACAGUCUGCUCGGCUCGCCGGCCUCGGCCCCAGCCGGGCUCCGCUCCUCGGCGCGCGAGGGGCCGCGGCGGUUGUGGCGGCGGCGCCCGGCAUGUAUCAGAGCCCGCGGCGGCUCUGCUCGGCCCUGCUGCAGAGGGACGCGCCCGGCCUGCGCCGCCUGCCCACCCCCGGGCUGCGCCGCCAGUCGUCCCCGCCGGCGGCUGUCCCCCGGCCUGCGGCUGCCCCCCGGCCCGCGUCCCCCCUGCUGCUGGCGGCGGCCUCGGCAGCCUCGGGCGCCGUGAGGUCGUGUUCGCGAACAGCGUGUUCCAUGGGAAACGGUACAAGCAGACUCUAUAGUGCUCUCGCCAAGACACUGAACAGCAGCAGUGCCUCCCAGCACCCAGAGUAUUUGGUGUCACCUGACCCAGAACACCUGGAGCCCAUUGAUCCUAAAGAACUUCUUGAGGAAUGCAGGGCUGUCCUGCAUACUCGACCUCCCCGUUUCCAGAGGGAUUUUGUGGAUCUGAGGACAGAUUGCCCCAGUAGACACCCACCUAUUAGGGUCAUGCAAUGGAAUAUCCUCGCCCAAGCUCUUGGAGAAGGCAAAGACAACUUUGUACAAUGCCCUCUUGAAGCACUCAAAUGGGAAGAAAGGAAAUGUCUCAUCCUAGAAGAAAUCCUAGCCUACGAGCCAGAUAUAUUGUGCCUCCAAGAGGUGGACCACUAUUUUGACACCUUCCAACCACUCCUUAGUAGACUGGGCUAUCAAGGCACAUUCUUCCCCAAGCCCUGGUCACCUUGUUUAGAUGUAGAACACAACAAUGGACCAGAUGGUUGUGCCUUAUUUUUUCUCCAAAAUCGAUUCAAGCUAGUCAGCAGUGCCAAUAUUAGGCUGACGGCCAUGACAUUGAAAACCAAUCAAGUGGCCAUUGCACAGACCCUAGAGUGCAAGGAGUCAGGUCGACAGUUCUGUAUCGCUGUCACCCACUUAAAAGCACGCACUGGCUGGGAGCGGUUUCGAUCAGCUCAAGGCUGUGACCUUCUCCAAAACCUGCAAAACAUCACCCAGGGCGCCAAGAUUCCACUUAUUGUUUGUGGGGACUUCAAUGCAGAGCCAACAGAGGAAGUCUACAAACACUUUGCUUCCUCCAGCCUCAACCUGAACAGCGCCUACAAGCUGCUGAGUGCUGACGGGCAGUCAGAGCCCCCAUAUACCACCUGGAAGAUCCGGACCUCAGGGGAGUGCCGGCAUACCCUGGAUUACAUCUGGUAUUCUAAACAUGCGCUAAGCGUAAGGUCAGCUCUUGAUUUGCUAACCGAAGAACAGAUCGGACCCAACCGGCUACCAUCCUUCAAUUAUCCUUCAGACCACCUGUCUCUGGUGUGUGACUUCAGCUUUAACGAGGAACCUGAUGGACUUUUAUAAAUGCUUGUCUUAGUCUUUUUAAUCACAGGAGUCUUAACCAGGGAUGUUUCAGGAAACUGAAAUAGGAUAAGAAGUUGCCUGAGGAAGGAUAGAGACACGGAAAGUUUCUAUCAUUUCACUUUCCAUGUCUCCAGCAUGCCUUUGGGAAAGAAUCCCGUUAGUUCGCAAAUCUUUUCAAUUAAAACCUAUAGCAAAAAAGGUGUCUGCACUCCAGUUUUGGCUUGUAUUGUUUUCUUUUCCCUUAGCAUUACAUUUUGAUCAUUUAAGGGCAUUAAAUUGGCUUAUUUUGAAGCUUUUUCAGUUUGAGAAUGCUAUAAGAACUCAAACUUGCUUGAGUCCUCCUCCUUAAUUAACAGUACCUAUGUAGGAGCAAUUUCUCUAGACUGCAUUUUAAGUUAUUUAUUUAAUGGUUUUUUUUAA